AUGAGACAUCGUGGAGAACGCGCUCAACAGUUGAUGGGUCAACUACCCGCCGCACGAGUACAGCCAACUCGAGCCUUCUUGCAUACAGGACUCGACUACGCUGGACCUAUCACGCUAAAAACGUUUCAAGGACGUGGAGCAAAAACAUACAAAGGCUGGAUUGCAGUCUUUGUAUGCAUGUUCAGUUCAGCUGUACAUUUAGAGCUAGUAACUGACUACACCGCUGCCGCUUUCAUCGCCGCUUAUCACCGCUUCACUAGUCGCCGAGGUAUCUGCCACAUGCUAUAUUCAGACUGUGGAACCAAUUUUGUAGGAACAGAUAAAGAGCUGAAACGACUAUUCACUGCAGGAUCCCGCACAUUACGAGAAUUAUCAACCUUGAUCGCUCAAGAUGGCACGAACUGGAAAUUCAAUCCGCCUGGAGCUCCACAUUUUGGAGGAAAAUGGGAAGCCGCUGUGAAAUCUAUCAAAUUUCACCUUCGAAGAACAAUCGGAGACUCGCUGUUGACGCUUGAGCAAUAUUCAAUGCUACUGGCUCAAAUUGAAGCCAUAUUGAAUUCCAGACCGCUCACACCGCUGAAUGAUGAUCCUGCUGACCUGGCUGUACUGAGUCCAGGUCACUUCUUAAUCGGACAGUCACUGACCGCUAUCCCAGAGCCAUCACUGACAGAUUUACAACCUGCUCGGCUCUCGCACUGGGAACAAGUCCAGCAAAUGGUUCAACAUUUCUGGAGACGCUACUACCAGGACUGCAUCCACCGCUACCAGGCCAUUUCAAAGUGGCAUCAUCGACGCAACCAGAUCAAGGUGGGUUCAGUUGUACUGAUAACCACUGAGGAUCUCCCGCCAACCAAGUGGCCAUUAGCCAAAGUAAUUGCUGUCCAUCCAGGUGAAGAUGGACAAAUCCGCGUGGUAACUGUUAAGACAGUUAACACAGAGCUGGUACGUCCAAUUACAAAGCUCUGUGUCCUGCCGCUAACGCAUGAAGAAGAUGAUCUUGUCGACGCAGCCGCCAACCCGGGGGAGAAUGUUCGGUGA